AUGCGGAAGCGCCUCCCAAAGCAAUUUGAAGUCACAAGAAAAGAAAUCCAAUCAAAAGGACAUGUUUUUGUAACAAAGAAAACUCUUUUAGUAGGUGUAACACUAGAUUCCGAAAGUGAAGAAUACCCGAGUAAGGGUGUUAGUUGUUAUACAUUUGCAACAACAUGUGCUAGUGAAAGACUGGAACUAGAUUUCUUAAAAAAUAGGAAUGGUGAACCCGAAAUGAUUGUUCUGUAA